AUGGAGCUCAUAACCCUGGUUAACCCUAUCUUAUCACUGCUUGUUUUGCUCUUUGUUGCUCCCAAGAUGUUCAACGCUUUUAUCAUCCUUGUGUGGCAGCCAUUUGUGUUGACAAGAAGAUUCAAGAAACAAGGAAUCUCAGGUCCAAAGUACAGAUUCUUGUACGGAAACAUAGACGAGAUAAACAAGAUGAAGAGAGAAUCUUACGUUUCAGUUCUUGAUCAAAACUCCAAUGACAUCUUCCCUCGUAUUUUUCCUCAUUACCAAAAAUGGAUAUCUCUAUACGGAGAGACGUUUCUUUACUGGAACGGAGCAGAGCCGAUGCUAUGCAUCUCAGAUCACGAACUUGUCAAGCAAAUCUUGUCGAGCAAGUCAGGUUUCUUUGUUAAAUCAAAGAUAAGGCCAGAGUUUUAUACACUUGUCGGCAUGAAGGGACUUGCCUUUGUGGAAGGUGUUGAUUGGAUUCGCCAUAAAAGAAUCUUGAACCCUGCUUUCUCCAUCGAUAGACUCAAGGUCAUGACGAAAGUGAUGGUGGAGUGCACACUGAGGAUUCUUGACGAGUGGAGUCAUGUUAAAAGAGAGCAGGAAAUGGAGAUGAAGAGAGAGUUUAGGAGAUUAACAGCUGAUAUUAUAGCAACUGCUGCGUUUGGAAGCAGUUACACCGAAGGAAUCGAAGUGUUUAGGACACAAGAAGAGCUUAAGAAGGGUUGUGUUAGCUGUCUAACUAACAUCUACAUCCCUGGAACGCAGUACCUUCCUACGCCUUUGAAUAUUAGGAUAUGGAAGCUGGAUAGGAAGAUGAAGAACUCAGUCAAGAAGAUCGUGGAUUCGAGACUACAAUCAGAACAAGAUUAUGGAGACGAUCUUCUUGGAAUCAUGUUGAAGUCUUGCGAGUCAAGAAACGAAAGAAAGCUGAGCAUUGAAGAGAUCAUAGAUGAAUGCAAGACUUUUUUCUUCGCAGGGUACGAAACUAACUCGAAUCUGUUGACAUGGACAACCAUGCUGCUGAGCUUGCACCAAGACUGGCAGGAGAAACUAAGAGACGAAGUUUUCCAAGAAUGCGGUAAAGACAAGACGCCAGAUUCUUCAGACACUUUCUCCAAACUCAAACUGAUGAACAUGGUGUUCUUGGAGUCGCUUCGCCUGUACAGUCCAGUAUCCUUUUUCUCCAGAGACGCAACAAAAGAUCUGACGCUAGGGCACCUGAAGAUCCCCAAGGGCACAACAAUAGUCUUCCCUCUUAUGAAGAUGCAUAGCGACAAGGCCAUUUGGGGAUCAGACGCAGACAAGUUCAACCCUCUGCGAUUUGAAAACGGCGUUUCCAGAGCCGCUAAACACCCAAACGCUCUCCUCGCCUUCUCAAUGGGACCAAGAGUUUGCAUCGGCCAAAACUUUGCAAUGAUGGAAGCCAAGAUCGUGCUCACCAUGAUCCUUCAAAGGUACAGGCUUAGCCUAUCCAGCGAGUAUAAGCACGCUCCGGUGGAUCAACUCACUUUGACUCCUCAGUACGGCUUACCAGUAAUGCUUCAGCCUCUCUAAGCCUAUGAGCCAUGCUUUAAGCCUCUCUUUAAUUUAUGUGUGCUGCUUAACUAAACUGUUAUGUGCUAA